AUGGAUACUCGCUACCAACCAGAAGGCUUGUCCUUUGGCCCAAAAGACACCUUCAGCCCUAAUUUCGAGAACAACGGUCAAUUCCCUCUCCCACCAAACCAGCAACAACCUCAAUAUGCACCUCCACCUCAGCCUCAGCAUAUUAGCCAGCAGUACGGCGGUCUACCUUCCGGACCUCGUAUGCAAACUCCUCAGCAGCAAGGACAGUAUGGUCUACCUUCUGGCCCCCGUCAACAUUCUCCUCAAUCAAGUCGGGAUGUGAACAACUACUCCCGCCUGUCCAACCCUCAACAGCAACAGCAACAGCAACAACAAACACCCGAGCAACAACAGCUACAGCCAAACCAGUACCAGCCGCAACCUCAGGUCGCACAACAGAACCAGUUCUCCUUUGAGUCCGGCGAGACUACUCGCACCAACACAUGGGCAGCCAACUCACCAGCGGCAACACCUGCGCCUAUGUACGCAUCUAAUGGAGGAGGCUACUUUCCCGGUCCGGUUGAUGCUAAUGGAUACCGCAUCGACACGAAGGAGAGGCAGCCAGAGCCAGAGAACCCUUUCAGGGACCCAGCUCUUCAGUCGCCACCCCAGAUGGACGAUAUCGAUCUCGAGAAGCACAAGCAUGCCGAUGGCCACUCGGAAUGGGACAAGCACACCAAGAUCCCUGGCAGGAAGGAUCCCAACCAGCCAUACCUCACUUUCGGACAACGGCUCAAGCACUACACAUGGGCGAACUACACCCUGACGAUGGCUACUGGUGGUCUCGGUACGCUUAUCGCCAUCCAGCCCCAUUCUUUCCCCGGUCUCAUCACCAUCGGCGCCGUUUUCUACAUUCUCAACCUCAUGCUGUUCACUGCCGUCACAAUGACAAUGGUCCUCCGCUUCACCAAGUACGCUGGAUCCUUUAAGGAAUCCAUCAAACACGAACGUGAAGGACUCUUCCUCGGACCAUUCUUCCUGUCGAUCGCUACAAUCAUCACCGGAACGCAGAAAUAUGUCAUAGAAGCGUAUGAAGAGGAUCACCCGAAUCGUGCAUGGGCAAUCACUACCAUGGCUGUCGCUUUCUGGGCAUACACCUUCAUCACUUUCUGCUUGGCUUCCUUCCAGUACUCAUUCCUGUUCUGCAGCCACACCUACAAGCUCACCAGCUUCAUGCCCUCGUGGCUGCUCCCCAUCUUCCCUGUCAUGCUUGCGGGUACAAUCGCCUCGGUCAUUGCCAAAUCACAGCCCGUAUCGUCCAGAAUGCCUAUCUUGGUUGCCGGACUUGGAUGUCAGGGUCUUGGAUUCACGGUUGCUAUACUCAUGUAUGCGCACUAUAUUGGUCGCCUGAUGCAAGUCGGAUACCCCGAUCGUGAGCAUCGAGGAGCCAUGUUCAUCGCUGUCGGACCGCCUUCGUUCACCUGCUUGGCCCUGAUUGGUAUGGCCAACGCUCUUCCUGACGACUUUGACUUGCAAGGCGAUGGCCUUGUCGACGCGAAGCUACUCAGGACUUUGGCUCUCAUUGUCGCACUCUUCCUUUGGGUAUUGGCUAUGUGGUUCUUCAUGAUCACUCUCGUCGCCGUCAUCAACUCGUGGGCUGUCUACUUCCAUCUCGGAUGGUGGGCCAUGGUCUUCCCCAACACCGGAUUUGUUAUUGCCACCAUCUCGAUCGGCAACGCGCUGAAAGACGAAACGGUGCUCUUCGUGGGGAACGGCCUCACCAUCGCCAUCAUCACGAUGUGGUGCUUCGUCCUAUUCAAGCACGUACAGGCGAUCUAUGUCGCCGACAUCAUCUACCCCGGCAUGGACGAAGACAUUGCAGACCACUAA